AUGCCUGGUCGUCUGCAGAACAAAGUUGCUCUUAUCACUGGUGCCGGCUCUGGUAUCGGCCUUGAAUCGUCGCUCUUGUUCGCUGAAGAGGGGGCCAACAUUCUACUUGUCGACAUUAACCUCGAUGGCGCACAGAAAGGCGCUGACCUCAUCGCGAAGCGAUUUCCCAAUGUCAAGGCAAUCGCGACCAAGGCAGAUGUGGGCAAAGAGAACGAUAUCAAAGCGGCUGUCGAUCUGGCCGUUAAAGAAUUUGGUCGUCUCGACAUAAUGUUCAACAAUGCUGGUAUCAUGCAUCCAGAGGACGACAAUGCGCUCAACACGGAAGAGCGUAUCUGGGACCUCACUAUGACAAUCAAUCUCAAGGGUGUUUGGUGGGGGUGCAAGUAUGCUAUUCUUGCUAUGCGCAACAACCCUACGGAUGAAUCCCAAGGCCUUCAUGUCGGCGGAAGCAUAAUCAACACCGCCAGCUUCGUCGCGUUGAUGGGUGCUGCAACUCCCCAACUUGCUUAUACGGCAUCGAAGGGUGCGGUACUUGCCAUGACAAGAGAACUCGCCAUGGUUCAUGCUCGAGAAGGCAUCCGUCUCAACUCUUUGUGCCCUGGUCCGCUCAAGACGCCUCUUCUCAUGGACUUCCUAAAUACGGCCGAAAAGCGCGACCGGCGUUUGAUUCACCUUCCAAUGGGUCGUUUUGGCGAGGCGGUGGAACUUGCCAAAGCAGCCCUCUUCUUGGCCAGUGACGAGAGCAGCUACAUGACGGGUACCGAUUUCAAGGUUGACGGUGGCCUUUCUUCCGCCUAUGUAACAGCACUGGGAGAGCCAGUUUUGCCUCCUCCAGCAAGUCUGAUUUAG